AUGGAGACCACCACCACUUCUUAUACCCGAAGUAAAACCACAAACUUCUUCUAUAAAAUCAACUUCAUAGUCUACUUAUUUGGCCUGCCAAACUUUUGGAUAGAAGAUCUAAAGUUAUCUAAAAGAUUUGUCAAAUUCUACGACAAGUUUUCUAUAUUUAAUAACACCUUAAUAUUUUUGCUGAUUAUUUUUGAGUUAUGUUCGUAUUUCACGCAGACUCAGUUGACGGAGACGCAUCAGUCCAACCGGCUUAUUUACGCCAUAUCUCACCCAAUGCUAUUCAUGUUCCGCGUGAUGAUGACCAGUAUCAAGGACAGAGUGAAACUGGUGAUGUACAGCCUCAACGUAGGCCUGAAGAGAGUGCACAAUGACCCUGAAGUAGAGAAGCAGAUGAUUGCGUGCACCAUCAUGUAUUUGUCCGCUUUAUUGCUAAGCUGUUUGAUGUCGAUGCUCAUGUAUGCUGCCGAAGGUUUCGGGGAAGUUAUAAGACAUGGUAAGACUUUUACGACUAUUAUCACUGCGUAUCCUAGAGUCGAGGACGCCUCUGACAUGGCUAACGUGGUGAGGGCCAUCUGUUUUAUCAUCUGGUGGAUCUUCCUGACCAGAAUUUUCGCAGUGUACAUCCUGGUCAUCUCCCUGACCACCUGUCUCAGUUACCAGUACAAAAAUCUGCAGAGUUAUUUCAUUAGUCUCAAUGAUAUAUUCGAGAGAAAUGAUCUCAGUCAGAUAGAGAAGGAAGAACAGUACGAGGCUGGCUUUAAAGUUGGGAUAAAGCUUCAUGCGGAUACGUUAAGAUGUACACAGCUAACUCAGUCUGUCUGCCGCGGUGUAUUCAGCGGACAAAUCGUCUUCAAUAUCUUACUCCUAGUAGUGCUCAUGGCGCAAAUGGCGAAUUCAGAACGCACUCUUGUGAACUUAGGCUCAGCGGGGUUUACUGCGUGCGCUGUGCUCAUUAGCACUGGUUUCUACAUGUGGAAUGCUGGAGAUGUCACUGUAGAGGCUUCACAUUUGGGAACAGCUAUAUAUUUCUCCGGCUGGUAUCAUUGUCAAGGACUGUCUUCAGUGCGUAUUCGAAAGCUUGUGGUUAUCACCAUGUCAGAAGCACAGCGUCCUGUUGUCCUCAAAGGCCUGGGAUACAUAGAUCUUUCGUACCAAUCAUAUAUUAGAAUUGUGAAGUCGUCAUACUCCGUGUUUUCAGUGUUAUUUUAA